CCGUCGCAUUGCGUUUUCACAUUUCCGGAGACAAUACCGAGGGGCUCGCGUACUCCCGCGAGAGGCGGGAAAGGGCGCAGGGUUUGAAACAUGGCGGACGACGUGGACCAGCAACAAACCACCAACACUGUAGAAGAGCCCCUGGAUCUCAUCAGGCUCAGCCUGGAUGAGCGAAUUUAUGUGAAAAUGAGAAAUGACAGAGAGCUUCGAGGCAGAUUACAUGCUUAUGAUCAGCAUUUAAAUAUGAUAUUGGGAGAUGUGGAAGAAACUGUGACUACUAUAGAAAUUGAUGAGGAAACAUACGAAGAGAUAUAUAAAUCAACAAAACGGAAUAUUCCGAUGCUUUUUGUCCGGGGAGAUGGUGUUGUACUAGUUGCCCCUCCAUUAAGAGUUGGCUGAAACAAAGAAUUUAUCGUGUCUGGAAUAUAGGAGUUUUUGUAUGAUUGCCUCUUUAAAUGUAGAAGACAUUCAAAAGAGAAACCUGCGUAAAUUUGGAUAUUAAGAAGUGACCAAGGAUUCUUCCACUCCUGAAAUGAGUUGAUUUACAGAUAACUCAAAAAUUCUGCACGCUAACGGGCAUUUUAAUUUUUUUUCCAGUGCUUUCAAUAAAUGUGAUCGCCAAGAUGCAGAACUCUUUUCAGGAAGUAAUUUGUUCUGUUGUUUUCUCAGACAAUUUCUGGGUUUGCUUUUCUUUUAAAUUAAACUUGUUUCCUUUUUUGAUACA